GGUUGCCUCUUCCUGAAGCGAGAGAAAGAGACGAGGGGCUGCGCGCGGGGGCAUCAGCCAUGUGCGGAAUAUUUGGUUAUCUGAACUACAAAGUGCCUCGGACCAGGAAGGAGAUAUUUGAGACUCUAAUAAAAGGACUACAAAGACUAGAAUACAGAGGCUAUGACUCUGCAGGUGUUGCAAUUGAUGGAAAUAAUAAUGAAGACAAGGAAAGGUAUAUCAAAUUAGUCAAGAAAAGAGGAAAAGUCAAGGCUCUUGAUGAGGAGCUACAAAAACAAGGUGGCUUAGAUUUAAAGGCAGAUUUUGAGACACAUUUUGGCAUUGCUCACACUCGCUGGGCAACCCACGGAGUACCAAAUGCUGUGAACUGUCACCCGCAACGAUCAGAUAAAAGUAAUGAAUUUGUCGUUAUUCACAAUGGGAUCAUUACAAAUUACAAAGACUUAAGGAAGUUUUUGGAGACCAAAGGCUAUGAGUUUGAAUCUGAAACCGAUACUGAAACCAUUCCAAAGCUGAUCAAGUAUAUGUAUGAUAACAGUGAGACGGAAGACAUUAGUUUUUCUGCGUUGGUUGAGAGAGUAAUUCAGCAAUUGGAAGGGGCUUUUGCACUGGUUUUCAAAAGUAUCCACUAUCCAGGAGAAGCUGUUGCUACCAGAAGGGGGAGUCCUUUACUUAUUGGAGUCCGCAGUGAAUCUAAGCUUUCCACUGAACAAAUUCCCGUCUUGUAUAGGACAUGUAACAUUGAAAAUGUAAAGAAUAUAUGUAAAACAAGAAUGAAAAGACUAGACAGUUCUACCUGCCUUCAUGCUGUUGGAGAUAAAGCGGUUGAAUUUUUUUUUGCUUCAGAUGCAAGUGCUAUCAUUGAGCACACCAACAGAGUCAUUUUUCUAGAAGAUGAUGACAUUGCAGCAGCGGCUGAAGGGAAACUUUCUAUUCAUCGGUUAGAACGUUCAGCUAGUGAUGACUCAUCUCGAGCCAUACAGACCCUGCAGAUGGAACUGCAGCAGAUCAUGAAAGGCAACUUCAGUGCUUUCAUGCAGAAGGAGAUAUUUGAACAACCAGAAUCUAUUUUCAAUACCAUGAGAGGAAGGGUGAACUUUGAGACCAACAGAGUUGUUUUGGGAGGCUUGAAGGACCACUUGAAAGAAAUCAGAAGGUGCAGACGAUUGAUCAUUAUUGGCUGUGGGACCAGUUAUCAUGCUGCUGUCGCCACUCGUCAAGUGUUGGAAGAGCUGACUGAGCUACCUGUGAUGGUGGAACUUGCUAGUGAUUUUAUGGACCGAAAUACUCCUGUAUUUAGAGAUGAUGUAUGCUUUUUUACCAGCCAGUCAGGUGAAACUGCUGAUACACUGAUGGCCUUACGAUAUUGUAAGGAUCGUGGAGCUCUGACAGUUGGAAUUACGAACACUGUUGGAAGUUCAAUAUCCAGAGAGACAGACUGUGGUGUACACAUCAAUGCAGGACCUGAGAUUGGUGUGGCAAGCACGAAGGCUUAUACUAGCCAGUUUGUAUCUCUAGUAAUGUUUGGUUUGAUGAUGUCUGAAGACAGAAUUUCCUUGCAACACAGGAGACAAGAGAUCAUAAGUGGGCUACAGUCAUUGCCUGAGCUGAUUAAAGAAGUAUUAUCCUUGGAUGAGAAGAUACAUGAUUUGGCCCUUGAACUAUAUAAACAAAGAUCACUUUUGGUUAUGGGUCGUGGCUACAAUUAUGCAACUUGCUUGGAAGGGGCAUUGAAAAUCAAGGAGAUUACUCAUAUGCAUUCUGAAGGAAUCUUGGCUGGGGAACUGAAGCAUGGACCACUGGCUCUUAUAGAUAAACAAAUGCCAGUUAUCAUGAUCAUUAUGAAAGAUCCUUGCUUCACCAAAUGCCAGAAUGCUCUGCAACAGGUCACUGCUCGCCAGGGUCGCCCAAUUAUUUUAUGUUCUAAAGAAGAUACUGAGAGUUCAAAAUUUGCUUACAAGACUAUUGAGCUGCCACAAACAGUGGACUGUCUGCAAGGAAUUUUGAGUGUUAUCCCACUACAGCUGCUUUCAUUCCACCUGGCUGUUCUCCGAGGAUAUGAUGUGGAUUUUCCUAGAAAUCUGGCCAAAUCUGUUACUGUGGAAUAAGCAGUGUAUCAUAGAAUACUUGUCAUCAGCAAUCCUAAUUUAUAUUUCUGCCAAUGAAUCUUCAACAGAAUGCUUGAUUUUGACUCAUAUCUACAGCGCAUACCACUACAAAGUAUAAUUCCAUUGAUUUAUGUGGACUUUCUGAUGGUGGAUCUCUUGAGCCAGUAUAACGGAUAAAUUGCUAACUGGAAAGUAUCUGGGAAAGUGUCUAACUUUUUAAUGUGCCUUUAAAUACUUGUUACAUGCCUUGCACCUAAGUGGUCUUGCUUAUAUGUUUAUAGCAUCCUUUAAAUACUAACAUUGCCAAAGAAAGGAAGGAAAUCAUUGUUUACAUAUGGUUAAUGAAUGGUCUUUUUACUACUGUGCAAUAUAUGUAUAGCUUUCUUCUAAGUCACUGUGAAUAAGACAACACUAUAUGCAGUCUAGUCCUAUACAUGCUUAUGUGGAAGCAAGUCAGUGGGAUUUACUCCAAGUUAAGCACAUAUAGGAUUGCUGCUUUUGUUUUAAAGAAAAGUAUUUAUAUACACAACUGUAUAGCUUAAAUUAUUUUUAGUACAUUGCUUGCCUAUAGUAGUUGUAAUGCCCACUUAAAUC